AUGGUUGUUUCUCAGCAUCUGUCCGUCGAUGGUUCUUUGUCAAUACUUACACGCUCCACUGUUGAUCACUUUUUGGCUGUUAAAAGGAUCCUCCGCUAUGUUAAAGGCACCAUUCACUUUGGCAUAAGUUUUCGCCCUUCAUCUUCUCCUGGUGCUUUGGUUGCAUAUUCUGAUGCUGAUUGGGUUGGCUGCCCUGAUACUCGUCGUUUGACCUCUAUCUCUUGGAGUGCUAAGAAACAACCGUCUGUCUCCCGUUCUAGCUGUGAAUCUGAGUAUCGUGCCCUUACUUCAACCGCCGUCGAACUCGUUUGGCUCACACAUCUCCUGCAUGACCUCAAGACGCUUAGCUUACGGGGGGAUGUUGGGAAUAAUACUGUGAUUGAUGAUAUCACUCCUCAAUCAAAGUCUUCUCAUCAUGUAAAUGACAGACACGUAAUUGUAGGAGCCAAUUUUGCAUAA